AUGAAGUGGAUUUCCCUCAUAUCUGCACUUGCUUCGUGCGGGCAGGCCGCCCUCCGGUUCGGAUGCGGCACUGUCAGUAUCCAACGGCUUGACCCUCUUGAUGGAGCCUUGCUAUUUUGGACGAUGUCGUAUACUUACCGAAUCUCAGGCACUUGCACCACCUGCACCUUCUCCGAGGACUUUUCCAACUACUGGACUGCCGUAAUGUUUUUCAAACAUCCUACAAAUGGCAGCUACAAACGUGUGCCUAUCAUCGAGAACGACGCACUUCCAGCAGGCAUCAAUGGCGAGUCGGGAAAAUUCUGCUCCUUUGGCUCUUUGAAGGCUGAUUCCGAAUGCUAUAGACAACAGGACUUCUACAAUAACGGAAACCAGAAGAUCACAGCCUUCCCGAAAGGAUUCAGAAUGACUGUGGGCGACCCGAAAGUUACAAGCUCCGGCAAGUUCAACGGCCAGAAGGGCCUGAAGUUCGUGUGCCUCCAGAACAAGUCGACGAGGUUCCCCGAGCUCGACGUCUUCCCGACGCAGCCGUGCCCUGCUGGCAUCAUGACCGUCCACCACUUCCCCACGUGCUGGGAUGGGAAGAAUGUGGACACACCGAACCACCAAGACCACAUGUACGACACUCAGACAGGAGCCUUCCAGCCCGCGGGUGCUUGUCCUGCGUCACAUCCGAUUCGCAUGCCCCAGCUGGCGUACGAAACGUUGUACGAUACAUCCAAGUUUGCAUCCAUGUGGCCUAGCGGCACGCCGAACCCCUUUAAAAAUAGUUACAUGGGCAAAAACGGCAAUUUGAACGGCUACGGAACCCACGCCGACUACGUCUUUGGGUGGAAGGGUGAUUCCCUCCAGAAAGCCAUGGACUCGAACUGCAUGUUCCAGGCCUGUGAGAACGGCAGACCCCUAAAGUCGCAGAGCGUCGCACAGAUGAAUGCUUGCACUGUGAAGUCACAGGUGGUCGAGGACAUUGACGGCUGGCUUCCUGAGCUCCCAGGGAUGGGCGGCAUGUGA